GAAGGAGUAGUAAGCGGCCUACGCAGUUUCAACUUCGGUCCCAGCUUUUAUUAGUUCUUCGGCGCUCGGCGGAGAACGUGCGUGUCGGAGCGGUACUCUCCCGUGCGCCCAUCACCAUCCGGGCUGCUAUAGAUAAGACACGGUUGGUGAUCGGGUCUCUAAAGGUGUGAUCGGAAAAAGGGAUUAGAGAGAAAGGGGUGGGUUUGCGUAAUAAAAAAAAAAAGAGAGAAAAAAAAGGAGAUAGAAAUAGACAGGGUAGAGAAAGAGCGAGACAGUGAGAGAGAGGGAGAGAGAAAGGGAAAGAAAGGAGAGAUAGAGAGAGAACAAAAAAGAUAAAGGGUGAGAGAUAAAGAAAGCGAAAACGGGAAAGUGCUAUCCAGCUGUGUGUUAUGAUCGGGAGCAUAAAGGUGCGAAGAUGCUCGAGGUUCAGCGCUCGGACUCUUUGAGAAAGGGAGAGGCCUACGACCCUUCCAGCACCCAUUUACUACCCCCCGUAACGACCGGGGCUUCCGUCUCUGGGUGGAAGCCCGCCGAGAGAAGCGUCUCCUUCAAUCGAGACGUCCACGUCAAGAGGAUCGGACGUGGUGCACCGCGCGUGACCGCGGCUCUCGUAGGAGAUGGAGAAGGUAGGUUGAUAUUGAGCCCGGUGCACAAGGAGAACAUAUUAUCACGCAGCAAGGAAGACUUAGCACAGGAGGCAGCACUGGUGCUGCAGCAAGCUGGUAGCUUACGUUGUGUAGCACACGAUAAUAGACGAUUGCCCGGUAAGUUUAGCACGUUACCAGCAAGACGAGGUAACGUUAAUAAAAAACGUCCAGAAUUGCCGCUAGACGUGAAGAGACGUAAGAGCGAAGAGAUCGGUGUAACCACGACGAGUGGCGACCAAUUGUCUUGGACGCCAAAAGCAAAGAAGAAAACGUUGGAGAGAAGUAGCAGCGAUGCGGGUUCGAAAAAAUUGAAAGGUACAUUAGCUAAAUUCUUUUCGCCAAAAUUAGAGAGAAAAAGGAAACCGGUUGGUCGUAGCGUUAGCGACGCUGGUACGUCGAGUAGACAAUACCGCAAGAGAAGUGGCAGCGAGAGCGAAGGUUCGCAUUUGAGCAGUGCAGCUCGUGCUAAGAAACAGCUGUCGCCGAUAAUCGAGACUUCGCCUCAGGUCGAUCAGACUCAACCGUUUCAUUUUGGAGUGGUUAGUAAGGAGGAGGUUAGUAAGCCGAAUGCUAAAAAGUCGAAGCAGGAGGAAGGUGAUACAAAUGUCGAGAGAAUAAUCGAACGAGUCGAAACGAAGGAGAGGAUCGAGGGAACUACUACAGAGAUCUCUCUCGAUCGGUCAAUCGAGACGAGGAAAGAGAAUAAAGUAGUUGAGAGACAGAAUCAGUUAGAUAUCACGGAUGAUAAGGAUCGUAUUACCGGUGAAGAGAAGGAAGUGACGGCACGUAGGAAGACGGAAACAACGAAUCGUAUCUCGUCGCCUCAAGGAAAAGAGACGAAGCUUCGGGAGGAGGUCGACGAGGUCGACCGGGUCGGGAGCAUGCUGCACAGCAGCAGAUACGAUCUUCAGAAACGCGGCGAGGAAUCGACGAUCAACAAGAUGAUUCAUCGAUUGUCGAGCGAUCGUUCGCCACCGCCACAGCUGACGAGAACCAUGGUCUCGCCGGGACCUGGUUUUGGACAUAACAACAAUCGGCCCUUCUCUUACACGAGGCCGAACGAUCCCGGCAGUCCACCGCCGACUUCGCAAACGAACGUGAUGUAUGCUCAAGUACAAGCGGACAAGAAGAAGGCCCAGAGGAGUCAUUCGGAUAGCGACGAGGGUUUGGGUCUCGAAAGAAAGGACUCGUCACGAGAGAACAGUCCAGCCGAAAAAGAAUACCGUAGAACGGAUUAUUCUUACAGUAGCGAUCUAAGACGUAACAACGAGAUAAACAAUCUCAAGUCUCGCUACGAGGAAACUCGAAAGAGUACGACCACUUCCCGUUUUGGGAAUCACUUUGGCGGUUCCAAGGAUUUCCUUUCCUCCAGAGACUUAGACAAUCGAUGUCCCGAGGACGAGAUCGAACUGGAUCGACGUUACGAGCCGGAGAAAUAUACUUCGACGAUUUUCGUCGAUACCAGCGGCAGAGAGAGCACCGAUCUCACCUCGCGACAAAAUCAUCAGAGCGGUAUAUCCAACAAAACGUCCGAACUAAGCGCAAGACGAGAUCUUCUCGAGUCGAGGAUAAAAUCGAGGCUGCUCGCCGACGAAAUGUAUGCCGCGAAAAACACGGCGAACGUGUCGAUCAAAAAAUCCGAGCACGAGAUUAUCGACAAACCGAUCGUCCCGUCGCCGGUUACGCCCAGUCGAAUAUCAUCUCCGAAACGUUACACCGAUACGUAUAUCACGGAGACCAGGACCAGUAGCAAUGGCGAGAAAUAUAUUUUCGAAAAGCAAAUACACGAGGACAAUGGCAAAGUCUAUGGUUACGAGAAGAAAAUAACGAACAAAAUCCCGUCUGACGGUUACGUCGAAUCAAAACCAAGAGAUGGUUAUACGGUUGAAACGAGAACGGACAAGUACGGGGACAAGUACAUCGUCGAAACUAGGACACACGGUAGUUACGCGGACGACUUCAAGCCGUUUCUCAGUGACAGAAGUAGGACCAGCCCGGAAGAGAGAUUCGAAAGAAAUCAUUUGGGUGGUCCUUACAAGUCCACCAAUUAUUUAGCCGACGGCUCGACGAACCCAAGGACGAGUCAUUAUUUCCGAAACGAAUCGAAGGACAACGAUACGCUUUCUUCGCCGAUCGUGGUAAGGAAAUUUACCGCUGAGAGGAAACUUUCUAAAAGCGACGAUUUUCUCGAUCGAGAUGUGCGCCCCAACGAGAGCCUUCCAAAAAUGAAUAAAAAUUUCGAAUCGAUUCGCGGAAUGAGCAAGUCGACUCAACGUUUGAACGAGCUUGGCGAGAACUCGAGAAUCUUACGAAACGAGUACACGACGAGGUCGCACGAGAAUCUAUGCAGUCACGUUGAUUACGGGAGUGCUGGGGAAACGAAUACGAGGAAAGAGAGAUCACCGUUCACCAAGAGACGCCUUGACAGUUUACGAGAACGACCGAUCGAUGACUACGACACCGAUAUCUCGCAAAUGACGAGUAGCCAGCUAGAGUCCAAGUAUUACAAGGAGACUCGAACUACCCAAAGAUACAGUAGCAGCAAACAUCCGAUCCACGAUGAUUACGACAGUUCACCGCCUCGUAUCAGAACGGAUCGGACUGGUCCAAGUGGUGUACGAAGUACCGAUCCUGGUACCAAUGGUCACAAUUCGAGUCGUUACGAUUCCGACACUACGGCGAGGGAAUCGAUUCGUCGAGAAACUCGAUACGACGAGCGUACUCUUCGGAAGGAUCAUCGAAACGGCAACGUCCUUGACGCCGAGCCGAAGAAACCAUUGAGAAGAUCGCGCAAUCGUCUCGAUUAUUUCGACGAUUCCGACGCUCGAGAGAGUCCACGUGGAAAGAGUUCCAUCGACGAGACCCCACCAACUAGACCCCUCCGAAGUUAUCACGAAAAUGGUAAAUCCCGACAUGCCAGGCAAGAAACUCGUGCUUAUAUGGAACAACGUCGUUAUCGGGAGACGCGUUUGAGCGAUCCCGAUAGGAAAGAUCGUCUUGCCGAUUCUGGUAUCGAAAAUGAUUACAGGCGAGACUCGCAGGAGGCCGAUAGACGGGAACCGAUCGAAUCGGAGGACGAAGGGUUUGCGAGUAGACAAUUUAUCAAAAACGAGAGAAGGCAUACCGAUCGGAAUAUGAACCUAACUCCGUUGGAACAACGAAAGUACGACAAAUAUCCGAACGAUAUCGGUACCGGUAAAUCGACGAGCGGAUUGGUCACCUCCAAGCCUCCCACCGGUGCUGAUAAGAAAUACGAGAAGAAGGCUGCCAAGAAAAGUGGCACGAUGAGCAAAGUGAAGCAGUUGUUCAGUAAGAGGGAGAAGAAAGCUAAGGAAGAGAAGAAUAAGAAGAACUCGAGAAGCGGUAGCAGUGGUGCAUUGACGGACGACGAGGUCACGAUGCGCUAUCGAGAGUAUCGCGGAGAUCGACUUAGGAGUGCCAAGAGCGCGAGGGACCUCGGCAGCGACAUAAAUCAGGAGGACUAUAGUCAACGAAGACGAUUAUCCACGCCAAGCGGAAGUCCAAGUCCAUCGAGGCCAACGAGGCUCUCUAGAUCUACCGGUACCCUUACCAGAGACGAGGACUCCUUUUGCGAAUCGAGUAACACGCUCACGAGAGAAAAUCAAGGACAAGAGGCUGAAAGAAAGGGAUGGUUCAAAUCUCUGUCACGGAAAAAUAAAUCCAGUACCAAGAGCGUGGAUAAGAAACCAAGAAUACCAGAAAGUGAGAUCUUGACGACCGGAACGGAGGACGAGGAGGCAUCGUCCGCCCCGGAACGAGUUUCCGUUCAAAAGAAUCUUCGCUUCUUCGGCGACACCGAUCAGGAAUCGGUCUCAUCGAACCGUGAUAUCAGAAACAAACGAGUCGACGAGCGUGUCUGUACAAAACGUGAUGUCAGCAAUUCGAACAGGAGCCAUAAUCUCGGUAUUGUCGCACCACCGAGGAAACCACCAAGAUUAGCCGAAAGCGCUCUUUCUUCCGGUGAGAGUACUACCGGUGAUAGCAGUCAACAGAGCCAAAAUUCCCAAAGAUCGCAAAGAUCUGUCGUAUAUUUGCAUGCGACUACGAUCGGCGAAAUACCUGGACCGAACGAACGACGUAGAGCAGCGAGUCGAGAGGAACUCAAUCGACCUCUACAAUCGCACACGAGAACCGUGUCUAGGAGUGUGAGCGUUUUAGCUCCUUGGAAACCAAGACACUAUAGGGAACCUUUCGAAAUCAAUUAUGAUCAACAACAACAUCAAAAACCAAUGAUGACUUUAAGACGUAGACAAAGAAGUCGCGAGACGCUCAGUCGUAGGGGUAAAGAAGCCCGACGAAGCAAAGACAAUCUUUCUAAAACCGGUACGAUCAAUCGCAGUACGUUGAAAUCAAAGGACAAGCAGAAAGUGGACAGGACCGUUUCCACGGAAUCGCUAUCGACGAAAUCUCGGAGCGUGAGCUCGAAGCCAGAGCUCAGUAGGUCAACAUCCGUACCACGUGAUCCAAACAAGAGCGCGGGAUGGUUUAAGCUAAAGAGCAAAAAAUCCCGGGCCUAAAGAAAAGGCCAUUGAUCAAUGCUAGUCUUGAGUUUCAUAAGUAAUAUUCGUAAUCGUUAGCGGCUGAAAAUUAACAAGUCGGAUCCAUCGCCAAUUCGCGAUCGUGAACACGACAGUUUCUUAAUUUACAUAUUUUUUUCCCUUCUCCUUUGUUCUUUUAUUUUAUUUUCUUUUUUUUUUUUUUCAUUUUUUUCUUGUCUCUUUAUUCUAUUACCGUACAAUGCGAGCGAGUGAGAUAACAUUAAUCUAUUAACAAUUUAAACACAGUAAAUUUAUUAGACUUGUAUGAAUCGAAUCUUUUGAGAAAAAUACAAACGAACAAACGAACAAACUUGGAACUACACUCGACUUUUAUAUGCGUGCAUUCGUAUUACAAAAUACACAAUAUACGAUUUAAUGAUUGUUUAAAAACCUUACUUAUUUUUUCUCUUGUUACAAAUCUCAUUAAAACUUUAUUAUCUUCUUUAUGAUAAUUGAUCGUAUUAAAAAAGUAUCUCUAACACUUUGUUGUUCUAACGUAACAAAGAUGAAUAAUUUAUAUGUAUAUCGGUACUAACAAACAAAUGAAAACCCGAAGAAUUUGAACUUUAAUGAUAAACGCGAGUACGAAGAUUCGAUGAAAGAUAGCCGAAUGAAUAAUAUUUUUUAAUAAGAUUCUUAAAAACGAAGUCAUGCCACGAUUUCGAAAUUGAAGUUGAAGUUUAAGAAAACAAUUUAUGAAUGAUCGAAUAAAUUGAUAUAUAUAUAUAUAUAUAUAUAUACACAUAAAGCUUUCUCUCUACCAAAUUUAAUCGUUUAAAUUUGUUGCAUAAGAAGAGAAUGCAUCGGAUCAAAACGAAAAAAGAAAAUAUUUAAACGAACGUGGCACUUAUAUUAAAAAAAUUCGUGCUCUUUCUCUAUCUUCCUCUUUCUCCGAUUCGGGUAUCGAAUAUAUUAAUUAAACGGUAUAUAUUAUAUAUACGCGUAGUAUAAUUUAUAAAAACAAGGAAAGAAGAAAAGAAUUUAUACUACCGUGAAUGCGAGUGCCAUUUACAUUUGCAUAGAUCUUUUAUACUUUUAAUAUAAAUCAAAAUUUUCUCUCUAAUAUCUUACUCUCUUGGAUAUCGUCCGAUAUCGUCGAUCGUAUUCUCUAUAAUGAAAUAAAAAAAAAAAGAAAAUGAAAAAUGCGAUUAGCGAUAUAAAAUAUAUUUUAUAUACGAAUAACUAUUUCACGAGUCGCGUUGUAAAAAGUAUAAAAGCCAAGCACGUACUUAAAAACACGACGUAUAUACAAAUUUCUUUUGUUCAUAGGCUAAUGUAAACUUUUCUCCUCUUUCUGUUUUUUUUUUUUUCUUCUUCUUCUUCUUCUUCUCUCUUCUUCUGCUUUUUUAUGUAUAUACUUGUAAUAUUAAUCCUUUAUUGUUUGCUAUUGUUAUACUUUAAUCUCGAGAUCUUUCCUAUACGAACAUCCAUUUGUCACUAAAUGAUCACGAUCAUCAACGGCUACGAUUUUCAUCUGGGAAAAUAGUUUGUUACGCGAGAGAAUCUUUGCUUAUAUUACUUCAUCUCGACACUGACUGUGACAACAGAGUAAAUGAUAAGCAUAGAACAAUUUUCUGUUGUACUGUGAUACGCCGUUAUAUUGUUGAAAGGAUCGAUUUACUCAGUGACAAAAAUAGUCAUCUGCACCAUAAGUUUCAUUUCCAUUUGGUGCUAAUUAUAUGUGUAUGUACAUAUGAAUCAUUAAGGAUUGCAUGUAAAUAUCAUGGAUAUAUGGAUGGUCUGUAUUGGUUUACUGAUAAAUUUGUAUUGUCCAUUAACAUAGUUAUUAGUCCUUCACACAAGUGUAAGAAAAAUAAUAUUAAAUGUACGGAGACAUUGGACUCUGGCGACAAGUUAUAUUUUGUAACAUGAAUAACAAUUUGAAAUAAACGAUCAUAAUUUCAAAGAA